CAAGAAUUAGUAAAGGAGGUGAUCGUUAGAUACACAAAGACAGCGCUCAUUUUAAACUCUGUGUAUGAAUAGACAGUUUGUAUGAAACCAUUUUCUGUGUUUUACGGUCUAGACGGAGCAGCAACUCAAGAUGGCAAAGAGAAAAGCUGCUGGAGCCUCCACGCAGACCAGACGGAGACGCUGGUGGCAUCUGAGACAGAGAUGGAGGAUGCUGGGAGUUUUUGAGAUCAACCCUGAGCACGAGUUUUACCACCUCACGGCCAAGAUCAAAGAGGGCAUGCAGGCAGCUAUUCAGCCCACUGUGGACUCACCUGUACAGAAUACACUUACAGCUGAACAUUUCAAGGCAGAGGAAACUCACACUCAUGAGGGUUUUGAGAUGCAGACAUUUGCUGCACCUGUGUUUGCUAAACUGAGACAUUCACUGGACAUCCCAGAGGAGGAUUACAUGAAGUCCCUCUGCUCAGACGACUGCUACCUUCAGUUUGUCAGCAACUCCAAGAGCAAGGCCAAUUUCUUCGUCACGAAUGACAAGAGAUACUUCCUGAAGACGCAGAGCGGGCGAGAGGUCCGGUUCCUGCUGUCCAACCUGCAGCCAUACAUGGACCACCUGGAGAAAUACCCUCAUUCACUCCUUGUGAGAUUCCUGGGUGUUCACAGGAUUAUAAUCCCAAAUGAAGAAAAGAAGUACUUUAUUGUGAUGCAGAGCGUCUUCUACCCCGAUGAGAGGAUCAACAUUAGAUACGACAUCAAAGGGUGUGAGGUCGGUCGAUGGACAAACCCCGACACAGGAGGGAAACAGAUCAUCAAAGUGCUGAAGGACAAUAACUUUGAAGGGCAGUCCAUCGCAUUAGAUCAGGGGAAAUCUUGGUUCAACAGUCAAGUGAAAAAAGACGCUACGUUCCUUCAGGGGCUCAACGUCCUGGACUACAGCCUCCUGGUGGCUCAUCAGCCUCUGCACAGAGACGAGCUGGAAGGGAAACACUCUCUGGCCAACCUUGUUGUUCGCACCACAAAGUCUUUCGACUUUGAUGAAAGUCCAACGGAUGAAGACCCCCCCACUGUCCCAUUACUGGAGGAGACAGCAGAUGCUGCAGAGCGUGAGAGCGGGCAGCCUCAGGCAGCAGCAGCAUCAGCAGGUGAGGGCUCAGCUGAGGAGAUCCCCCUCCAGGAGAUGAACAGCUCUGUGAGAAAGAACAGGAGUGACUCAGAACUGGAGGACUUCCAGGAGCAUCAUUGUAGGCUGCUCCCAAACUGCAAAAAUGCUGUUCACGUGAUCGACGGGCCGGAUCGUCGCUACUUUGUGGGCAUCAUAGACGUUUUCACCGUCUACGGCUGGAAGAAAAAACUGGAGGGUCUGUGGAAAAGUCUCCGCUUCCCGGGCAGAGCCUUUUCUACUGUCAGCCCUGACAAAUACUCACGCAGGUUCUGCCAGUGGAUACAGGCCCACACUCAGUGACAAAAUCCACAAUCCCUUAGUGUCCUUCAGAGGUGCUGUGAGACAUCUGGGUUCUGGAGUUCAGAUCGUUUUACAGGAGCAGCUCACAUCUCUGAAGGGUGUCUUACUUCUGGAUGUACAGUAUACAACUAUUGACAGUUAUCAUGAAUUAGUGUCUUUGUCAUCAUUGUCUUUAUUUAUCUGAAUACAGAAACAAGGACAUUCACAUUUUGAAGUAUCUGGUUACAACAUCCCUCCAAAAAUUUGAAUAAAAGCCAAAGUCUGAGAACAUUUAAUAAAGAAAAGGAAAAGUGUACAGUCAUUCAUUCAUUUAUUAAAGGUGCAGGGUAUGAGUGCAACCAAGGUUGGUCUGAUAUAGUGAUUCGGUUUAGCUUUGACGGGGGGGGCAGUUUGGAGAACAGUUUGUGGGAUGGAUGUUAAGGGUUUCUGAUGAUGCCUGAAGCCCUGGGAGCACAGCACUGAUGGUAAUGAUGCAGCAGAAAAAAGGGUCUUGCUGUCUUCACUAUCCUAGUCAGCUGAUAAUGUUCGGCAGGUUUUUAAUUCUAAAAUUGGUUGGUCUAAUUGUUCCCCUGUAGAAGGUGGUGGGGGCUGCAGUGAGUGCCCUCUGUAGUCUCUGUUGAGCAUUUUUUAAUUAUGGUUUCAAUUUUAAAAGGCAAGGUUCUCUGCUAGUUACACAGCCAGGACGUUGAUGUUACUGACCGUCUUCACAGCGCCACUAUAGAUACAUACUGUAUGACCAUGAACUGAAACUCUUUAACAAAGUUAUUGAUGUGUCAGUGACUCAAACAACAAUUCAAAAAUAUUUUAUUGAUCCUUUUCAUUUUCUAAAAAUCAGGAGAAAGAAUUCUCAGUUUGAACUUUACUUUUAUGCAACAUGGUGAGGGAAUAAAUACAAAAUAAAGAUGAGAAGCUACAGUAGUUUCAGCUAUUGAGCUGAAAAGUCUCAGAGUGUUUAUUAAAGGUUGAUGCACUUUUUGUUCAAAAAACUUAAUGUGUUAAUGUGUUACAUCAGUAAGUUAUUCAGGGAUUUAAUAUGAAAGAAAACAGCUUAACAAUAACAGACAACCGUAAGGUAAAAACGUAGCUUCUUCUGUAAAUAUGGUACGAUUUAAAUAUAUAUGACAUAUCUAUUGAAUUCAUAAAUAUACAAAAUGUCUUAUGAUAACAAUUUAUUUGUGUUAAUGCAUUUAGAAAAUGUGCAACAAAACAUGUUUAACUCUUCUCAUGUUGUAUUUAAACAAACAAACUACCUUUCUAUGUUUGUGUUUAAGGCUUUAAUACAUUGAUAAUUUAUUCUGUUUUUUUUUCAGAAGACUGAUUCCAUUUUUAUUUGGACCUUGUCCAGUCGACAUACACCAUGAUGGAGAUAUGAUUUAGUCUUUGUUGUAUUAGGCUGUGACACAUGUUCAGCCAGAGGAGAUGUGCACUCAGUCAGGAAACUUUGACUCUGAAAGAUUUUUUUGUUUGAGCGUGUAAAGAACUUUAUUCUUUGUGUAGUUUAAAAGGGGCUGGACAUAAAAUAAAUGCCUGGGGUGUGUGGGUACUGUAGUGUUGGUGUAAAUUAUUAAAAUAACAUCACAUUUUAUUAACCAGUUCAAUUGUUUUUUAUAUUUUCACGUCUCAAAUCUUUGUUAAUUUUUUA